AUGGCGUAUUCGUUUGGUUCCAACUAUAAUUAUCUUGGGCCCUCGGCUUUUAACGUAUCAUUUGAUGACGCCUUCGCAGCCCUUGACCGUAACGGUUCCUUGACGCUAUACUUCCCUUGGUUAUAUGCUAUCUUGUACAAAAUUCCGGACCGAGUCGCCGUGUUUAUAAACCCGUCUCUCGCCCAGAUAUAUCGACUUCACCAGGACCUUCGACAGAUCAUCACCUCCAUCAUCGAGGGAGGAGUUAAAGCAACCGAGAAACCAACAAUAUUCCAUGAGAUUGUGAAUUCAAAACUUCCAGAAGACCGGAAAUCACCUGAGCGGCUCAGUGACGAAGCUCUAGGCUUCUUCGGCGCAGCAAUCUCAACCACUGCCUGGGCACUAAGCACGACUGUCUUCCACAUCCUUGAUAAUCCCGAAGUUCAUACUACCUUGCACGAAGAGCUUCUAUCGGAAUUGGAUCAUACGGGGCCGAACUCCUGUCUCGGUGACGGUCAUGGACGUGCUCUUCGACGAAAAGAUCUUCCCUAA